UAGUUUUAGCUUUAGGCUAACCAAUGACUGCACAGAAUAUUGGCGUCACCGUUCGCCCGCCAUUCUCUCGACGCCAUCUUGAGCAUAUGAUCAUUGUUGUGUAGCUCUCAGUUAAAUUGUGGUAGAAUUUGUUAUUUCUUUACCGAUACCAAUAAAAGUGAAAAAUGGCACGUACCAAGCAGACAGCCCGUAAAUCUACAGGAGGUAAAGCUCCUCGUAAACAAUUGGCCACAAAGGCAGCGCGUAAAUCAGCGCCCAGCACUGGUGGUGUAAAGAAGCCUCAUCGUUAUCGCCCUGGUACCGUGGCUCUCCGAGAAAUCCGUCGUUACCAGAAAUCGACGGAGUUGCUGAUCCGCAAGCUGCCUUUCCAGCGACUUGUGAGAGAAAUCGCUCAGGACUUCAAAACCGAUCUGCGUUUCCAGUCUGCCGCCAUCGGAGCUCUGCAGGAAGCCAGUGAAGCAUACUUGGUGGGGCUGUUUGAAGACACCAACUUGUGCGCCAUCCACGCCAAACGUGUGACCAUCAUGCCUAAAGACAUCCAACUUGCACGACGAAUCCGUGGCGAGCGUGCUUAAGUUUACUCUAGUGUACUUUGUCGUAAAUUAUUUGUAAUUCAAAUAGGCAUAAAUUCCAUAACAUUUUUAUAAUGUCUCACAUUUAAUUCUAUUCUAACAUAGUAAUCAUUUAUUAUAAGGAGGCCGAACUGAAUUUUUUUAUGAGUAUGUUCUUAUUAUGUAAGUUUUGCUAUGGACUUUCACAAGAUACUGUUUCCAAGUCCUGUCUGAUUGACCAGAGGGUCUUCCCUCUGUUGUCCUGCAAUCAUCAUUUCAUGAACUGACAUCUGUGUACCAUCGCUUGCAACAAAUAGUUUCUUGUGUAAGAACAUAGCCAAUUUAGUAACUUGGUAUAUUAUCUUCUAGGUAGUGUAAUAGGGAAAUGUUGUCAACCAUGUAAGUGUGAGAAAUCUGUUCUUGGAGUAAAUUGAUGCACUUUAAUGCUGUGUAAUGAGAAAUUUGGUGUUAAAUAAAUAAUACUUAGGAUCAUA